GAGACCGCGCGGACAGCCGCGGCAACUAAAACGCGCGAGUUCGCGUUCGUGGUUACAUCGCACGAAUGUUCAGUGUUUUUCUUUUUUUUUUAUUCUGACUUAAACGUUUGCGUUUGCGUUUUUGGAAGCCAUGUGGUUUGAAUAUUAGCCAUCAUCUCUAACGAUGUGAAAAAAAACACAAUAGAGUGUGUAACCGACUUAUUUCUUGCUGACAAACAAAAAAAUGUGUUCGUUAAAAUGUUUCAUCACGAUGUUCAUUAAUUAACUGAAGCGUUCGUGUUUUUGUUAAAAGCUCCAGUGGUUCUUCCAUAACAGACUUUUUGUCUUACUGGACUUAGAUAGACUAACUACAGUUAAGAUUAAAUAAUGGAACAACUGUGUUUAACGGGGAAAAAAAGUGUUAGUGAAUAAAACCUACAAUGAAAAGUAGGUUGAAAUAAAAACUGUAACAGCCAGUGAUAGAAAAAACAUGAAAAAGUUUAAAAGUUCAAAUUGAAUUUGGAACGUUCGAAAAUGGCGGCGUGGGUGUGGUUGGCUGCAUUGCUGUGUGGCUCCCAGGCGGCAGUGCUGCCCCCUCCGUGGGCCGAUGUGAAGAGGAAUCCUUGCGCAGCGCUUCCUCGAGGAUGGCUCAUGCUGUACUGGCCUAAGGAUGGGAAAUGCUACACUAUUUAUAAGAAAGGACACCCAUGCGCCGAAACCCAAGAACUAAGUCCGGGCCGAUGGGGAGGUCGCACCAUCGCGGAGUGCAAAUGUCCCCCGGGCACGGCUCAACUCCCCCACACGAACACCUGCCACAAGCUGUUCGAACGGGGGCCUUGCAGAGCGGGGGAGUACUUCGCGCCUGUCGAGGAGUCUUUCAACAAGAGAGGCGAACGCCAGGGUAUGUGCGUGAGACCUCAACAGUGUGCGGACGAGACCUUGAUCUACUGGCCUGCUACUGGCAAAUGUUAUUAUAGAAAUACUCAAGGACCUUGCUAUCCUGGGUCCGUGUUGGACGCUGGGGAAGAUGGGAUUGCGAAUUGCACUUGCGCGAUCUCCGGGCCCCACUACUGGGCGGCAGACGGUAGCUGCUACCCGCACUACACUCGGGGUCCCUGCGAGAAGGGCCAGCUGUUCCUGCCGGGGCCCAAGUGUGGCUGCGAAUCUCAUCUGCCGCAUUAUCAUAAUGAGACUGGUGCUUGUUAUGAGUUAGAUUCCCUUGGCCCGUGUCCCCGAGGACACAUAUUCUCUAUCGCGGAGGUGGCGCCGCAUGGGUCUCGCGCGGAGUGUCGCUGCAAGUCCUUCCACGCGCGCGCGCAAGAUGGCGCCUGCUACCGGCUGUAUACCAGGGGGCCGUGUGCUCAGGAUGAGAUGAUCGCUAGGGGAGGACGGUGUAUCAAGGUGCCAUGUGCUCGAGGUCGGCUAUACGUGCCGGAGCGUCGUCGCUGCUACCGUCCCGGCACCGCCGAGCCCUGCCCCGCCGGGGAGGUGGUGGCCUUCGACUUCGAGGCCAGACCAGCUAUUGACGGACUCAGCCAUAAUGGUGUCUGUGCCUGUGGUAAUGGCGCUUGUAGUCGGCGAGAGGUGGAAGCCUGCUCCACCCGGCGCGGCACAGCUCCAUACAACGGCACGUGCCACAUCCUGAACACGCAGGGUCCCUGUCCCCCACACUCCUGGCUGGUGAGGGACAGGACUAACAACAUCAGGUGUAUGUGCCGACCUGGAGUUGUGUCGCCUGACUGCGAACCUGAUACUAGGGUGGUUUUGAAGAGCUGAUGGUAGAUUGUGAUCAAGUGAAUAAAGACUAUAGUGCAGUGCCUUCUUAUGGCUUUAAAAUAGCU